AUGACAGAUGCUGAAAGAUGGGAAGUUUACCGUGCGUUGUUGCAAAGAAGUAAUAAUGGAGUUCUGAAGAGGGGGACAACGAAGGAAGUUGCAAAUUUACUUGCAGUGCCGAAACAGUCGGUACAGAAAAUUUGGCGAAGAGCCAAAGAUAAUGUUUCUAAUGGUGAAGCUGUUGAUGUAUCACACAGGAGGAAAGGGAAGUGUGGUCGCAAACCAAAGGAGAUUGACUUGGAGCAAAUUUUUAAUAUCCCAUUACAUUGCCGGACAACCAUGAGAUCGAUAGCUGUAGUUUUGGAGGUCAGCCCAAGUACUAUUCACAGAUAUGUGAAACAUGGUCUCGUGAGACGACAUUCCAAUGCAAUCAAACCAACUCUAAAAGACGACAAUAAGAAAGCUCGGGUAAAGUUCUGCUUAUCUAUGCUUGAUAAAAAUACUUUUUCUCAUCAGCCAAAGUUUGUUGAUAUGUUCAAUAUCAUACAUAUCGAUGAGAAAUGGUUUUACAUGACUAAGAAGUCAACGACGUAUUAUCUACAUCCCCUCGAAGAAGAUCCGGUACGUUCGUGUCAAAGCAAAAAUUUUAUUGGAAAAGUAAUGUUUCUAGCUGCUAUGGCUCGCCCAAGAUUUGACGAAGAAGGAAACGAGAUAUUUUCUGGCAAAAUUGGAAUGUUUCCUUUUGUUACAAUGCAAGAAGCUCAGCGACGGAGUCGAAACAGAGAAGCGGGAACCAUGGAAUUGAAGCCGAUGGACUCUAUCAAGAGAGAAGACAUAAAAAGAUGCUUGAUAGAAAAAGUUCUUCCAAAUAUUCGCGAGAGGUGGCCGACGGAAGAUUUUGGGAAAACCAUUUUCAUCCAACAAGAUAAUGCAAGAACACAUGUUGACGUAAAUAACGAAGAAUUUCAAGAAGCUGCUUCACAACAUGGAUUCGAUAUUCGGUUGAUGUGUCAACCGCCAAAUUCACCAUAUAUGAAUAUUUUGGAUCUUGGAUUUUUCCGUGCCAUUCAGUCGUUGCAACAUAAAGUGUGUCCCACGACGGUAGAGCAACUUGUUCAUGCGGUGGAGGAAGCGUAUGAUGAAUAUCCUCCGAAACAAGUCAACAAGAUCUUUUUGACUCUACAGUCAUGUUUGCUAGAGACCAUGAAAAUUGGAGGUGCAAACACAUACAAAAUUCCACAUAUGAAGAAAGAUCGAUUGGAAAGAGAAGGACGUCUACCUAUCCAAUUGGCUUGCGAUCCCAUCUUAGUACAAGAGGUGAUAAGUUCUUUAGCAUGUUAG